AAGGCAGAAGUUUGGCAAGCAGCCAAGAAACCAAGAGGCUGCAAAUGGCAAUGAAUCUGCCAAGCGAGUCUGCCGCCAGCCUGAUGCGCUACUGCUUGGUGCUGGAGAGGACGAUUUCAGCAUUGAGGGACACAUAAAGUCGAUGAAACGGGAGCUGCAAAAAGACGUCCCAGAUAUGGAGAGGAUUGAAGACAGUAUGUCUCGCACAUUUGCUUCACGGCGGCAGUGGGUUGCGGCAGAGCACCCGUCUGUUCAGGACAUUCUUCGCCGCUACCCCGCCCUGGAGAGAACAGAAGAAAUCUUUCGGGAAUUCGAAAGGUUUGGUGGUGACGCGCCACUCCAGACUGUGACUGCGGUGGCGCAGCUACAGAUGGCCACUGUAUUAGACGUGGCUGCAAAGAGGGUGGAGAAGGCCACCUGGGACAUUCUGGAAAGGGUGGAUACCUGCAGCAAGGAGGAUCAACAUUUGAUGACCUCCCUGGCCUUUUUGGUGACUCUGCCAAGGACUGUAAAGGAGCAGGCGUCCUCAUUCGUCAAGGACGUGGCACCGUGGUUCUCCAAGUACCCAUCCGUCAUCUGGAACGGAGAUCCAGAUGAUGUUGGGAUCUGUAUGGUCCAAGUGGAGGACCAACUCAUCAAGGCUGACCACCCAGUGCAUGCGAUCCUGGUCGCAUUCUGCCUGCACUGGGUGGCCGGCAUUUGCUACCAACCGGGAGCGAGAGGAUUUUAUGCUCUUCUAGAGCACCUGUUGGGGCUGCAGGCCACCAAACCAACCACAAUGGUCGUGACGGCACUGUCGGCAAUGAAGGAAACCUUGAAAAAAAAAUAAAAUCUCUGCCUGAGGCACAGUGCACACUUGAACUAACAUUGUUUGUUUAAUUUAGGAUGAUAUAUGGUGGCAACACAUGAUACCUCCAUCCUGUAUUCUGAAAGAGGGAAGAAAUACUUAGUGGUAGAAACUAGUGGGAAAUUCUCUCCAUAGAAGUAGCAGUUUUUCUCUUGCAGGUGAAAGUUGUUGGACAUUUUCUAUUGU